AUGGCCACUGUACGUGCUAGGGCUGCCAGCUCGAUAAAAUGUUUCAAAUUGCAUGGUGCCUAUCGUCAUUCCCGACUCAAUUAUUUAAAAAACGACUACGUGUUGUGUGAGUGCGUCCUUGUUUCUCGUGAUUUUCGUCGCUAUAGCCAUCCUUGUUGUUCAGCGAGUAGCGGCUGCGCUUGCGCCUUCGAUAAACGCGGAAUGCGCCGGCUGGCUUCAGACAGCGGCGUUCAUAGACAAUUUAAAUUGGAGAAAUUGGUAGCAGAGUAG